AGGCUGCCCGCGGCCGACGAGAGGGGCGUCACCAGGGCCGCCAGGGAGGGCGUCGCGUGGAGCGGCGUCCGCCUCUGGGCCUUCAUCGCCAGCGGCCCGCUCGCGGCGCACCUCGCGGACCAUCUCUCGUACGGACACGUGCUUGCCACGGCCGACCUCGGCUGCAUCUCUCUGGCGGCCGCCUCCCUGUACCGGAACGUGCGGUCGGCGGUGUGUCAGGACGGGACGUUCUCAGACGAGCAGCCUGCCCUGGCGGCGCUAGCCGUGACGGGGACUCUCUGCCUUGUUAUCUCAACCGUCAUCAUGGUCGUGGUUCACCCGACGUGCGCCUUCCUGAGCGGCCUUCAUCUCCUGGGCGUCUCGCACGCAGUUUCAGCAUGA